AAUAUCUUUAUUUUUUCCCCUCUUCUUCUUCUUUUAUUAUCGUUUUAUAUACUAUGUCUUAUCAAUUGAAAAUACAUGUUGAAAACAACACACUUAUUUUGAGAGGAAGUCCUGAAGAAUCAGUAGGAUGUGUCUUACGGGGUUGCGUUAUUCUGCGUAUAAAGGAGAGUAUAAAAGUCAAAUCAAUUACUUUGAGCUUUACGGGGAAAUUGAAGUUGCAAUGGAAUGAACGUAAUCACCAGCAUAAAAAAGAAACAACUGUUUUAGAACAUCAUUGGAGUUUUUUAUCGAAUCAACAUAAAAAGUUACAUUUAUUAACACCAAACAAUGUAUAUAAAUAUCCUUUUGAAUAUAUUCUUCCCGGGAAUUUAGGAGAAUCCAUUGAUCCUAAUUCUUACGGCUCGUUGUUGUACAAGUUAAAAGCCGUCGUUGAUCGGCCCGCAUUUUCACCCAAUUUAGUAGACCGACAGCUGAUUCGAAUUGUUAGAGAGUUGUUACCACCUUAUGAUUAUCACAGAGGUGGCUCAUUACAGAUAUCGAAUGAAUGGCCGAAUAAAAUUGAUUAUCGAAUCAGUAUACCAAAGAAAGCUUUUAGUCGAGGAGAGCAAAUUCCUAUUCAUUUCUUAAUUUCACCCAAACAAAACUCAGAUGAGCAAUUACGAGUACGUUAUUUAUCUUGCUUUUUUAAAGAAUAUACUACAAUCAGCAAUCGUACAGAAUCACGUAUAAUUCGUUUCUUUCGUGAUGAAGCCUUUCCAUCAGAAGGGUUACACUGGGAAAAAACAGAGACAAUAAUGGUACCUUUUUCAUUUGAUUCGAUACAAUGUGAUACAAUAUACAAUCCAUACUUUAAAAUAGAACAUAAACUAAAAUUCACAAUGUCUCUUAUUAAUAAGCAAGGCCUAAUUAUUGAAUUAAGAGCUUCAUUACCCAUUGAAAUCAUAAAUCAAAAGCCUCAAGAAGAUGAUAAUAUAAAUGAACUACCGACUUAUGAAAACGCAUGGCGCUCUCUUCCUUAUUCUGGUUUACCUUAUCUUGUUGACUCUCCUAAUCCUGCACUCUGUUCACCCAUUGAAGAGGAGUCCUAUCCUAUAACGCCUCCACUUAAUUGUAAUCCUUUUACAAAUGAUGACUACUUUGGAUAUCAGCCGUGCAGUGGCAAUUUACCUUCUUAUCAUUCUCUUAUUGUUUCUUGUCAUGAUAAUGAAUUACCAGCUUAUGAAAUAUAAAUAUAU